AUGACGCCCAAGGUAUUUAUUGUGACUGGCGCCAGCAAGGGCCUUGGCGCAGCCAUUGUCAAGCAACUUUUAGCGCAAUCCCACAAAGUCGUUGUCACGGCCAGGUCAGAAGAUCUGCUGCUGAAAUUGAAGGAAGCACAUCCCAGCCAGCUGGAAUACCUAGCAGGCGAUAUCACAAGUUCAGGGAUUGCCGAGAAGCUGGUGGACCUUGCUGUCCACUCAUUUGGUAAACUCGAUGGCGUGGUCAUCAAUCAUGGAAUUCUGGAGCCAGAGAAAUUCGCAACGGCUUCGCUGGAAGACACUAAGCGCCUCUACGAUAUAAACUUCUUCAGCUACAUUGCCGUGGCCAAAGCUAGUCUGAAUGAGGUCAAGAAGACUAAGGGGUGCAUCCUCUGGGUCUCGUCAGGAGCCGCCCUCAAGCCUUACGUUGCAUGGAGCACCUACGGCUCAUCCAAAGCAGCCAUCAACUCCAUUUCGUCUCAUCUGGCGGUUGAGGAGCCCGACAUCACCAGCAUAACCAUCGGGCCAGGUCGGGUAGACACAGACAUGCAAGCAACCCUACGGCUGAAGGGCAAAGACACCAUGGACGAGAAACAGUACCAGAGCUUUGUCGAUGCCUUUCAGCAAGGCGCACUACUCAAGCCUGAACAGCCAGGGACGGUGAUUGCCAACUUUGUGGCCAACCCCUCACCUGAGCUGAGCGGACAAUAUGUUGUCUGGAACUCACCUGAGCUGGCGGCUUAUCAAGGAUGA